UUUGGGAACUUUUUGUGUUGGCUAUGCAGAAUUGUUUUCCAAAGAAAGAUUGAAUUGCAUUGAAGAAAAAAGAUUGUAUUUUUGGGGCAAUGGAUGGGAAGAGAUUUGUUGUAUGCUGUUUGAAUUUGGAGAUUUUGGUGUGGAUUCUUUUAGCUUUUGCUGUACAGCUUUCAGAUGAAGCUAACCCUGGAGAUGUUGCUGCAAUUAAUAACUUAUAUGCUUCUCUGGGAUCGCCAUCCCUUCCGGGCUGGGAUGCUGUUGGUGGAGACCCAUGUAAUGGACUUUGGCAAGGGGUCGAAUGCGACAAUGGAAACAUACUGACAAUUCGACUCAAUGCUGCUAACUUGGGAGGUGAACUUGGGGAUAACUUAGGCUCAUUUUCUUCUCUCAAAAUAAUAGAUCUGAGCAACAACCAUAUUGGCGGAAGCAUUCCGUCUAAUCUGCCAGUUACCUUGCGGAAUAUUUUUCUUUCAGCUAACGCAUUCACUGGAAGUAUCCCUACUUCUUUGUCUUCCCUGAGUCAACUUUCAGCUAUGUCUCUGAAUGGCAACCAUUUGACUGGAGAAAUUCCUGAUUCCUUUCAAGGCCUUACCGCUUUGGUCAAUCUUGAUUUGUCAAGUAACAAUUUAAGUGGAUCAUUGCCACCAUCUGUAGGAAAUUUGUCUUCAUUGACCACUCUAUAUUUGCAGAAUAAUCAGCUUUCUGGAACUCUUGAUGUUUUGCAGGAUCUUCCCCUUGCAAAUUUGAAUGUGGAAAACAACUUGUUUUCUGGGCCCAUACCUCAAAAGUUGUUCUCUAUUCCCAAUUUCAAAAAAGAUGGAAAUCUUUUCAACAGUAGUACUGCUCCUUUACCUCCACCCACAUCAUCAACAGCACCUCCCAUUUCUGGGUCUCCAACUUCAGCACAGACGCCAUCUUCUCAAAGCAAACCUAAAACACAGGCCGAUGGACCAUCAGCAUCUGCAGAAUCAAGUUCAACAGGAAAAAAAAAGUCUUUAUCUGUUAAAAGGGUGGUCUGGAUAUCAAUUGCAGCAGUUUUGUCAUUUAUCAUAUUGGUUUUAGCAAUCCUUCUCUGUCUGCCAAAGUGCCUCAGGAAAUGGCACGAGACUCAAAGAACCCCCAAACACCAUGAAAUAGCCCCUUAUAUGGGUGCUAGAGAGAAUCUUGGAGAUAGUGGUUCAUUAGUCCAACCUGGCCAUGAUAUAGAAAAAGCUCCCCUAGUUGUGACGACAAAAGAAAAGCAACCAAGAAGACCGGCUCCCAUUCCAAAGCCACAAGAUGAGCAGCAGGUAAAUGUGCAAACCAUGAGUGCUGUGCCAAAGAAGGAUGAUAGUGAGAUAAACCUUGGCAGAUUGGAUAUUGAUUUGACGCCACCACCUCCGCCUCCUCCUCCUCCGCCUCUGCCUCCGCCUACUCUUCCACAAGAGAGAGUUAUUGUCGAGCCGAUUGCGCCUGCUGAAGAUACAGCAACGAGGCUUCCAACCAGGCCACUUCCACUAACUUCUGUGAAAUCUUACACAAUUGCAUCACUUCAGCAAUACACUAAUAGCUUCUCUCAAGAUAAUCUGUUGGGAUCAGGAAUGCUGGGUAGUGUAUACAGGGUGGAGCUUCCUAAUGGAAAGUUGCUUGCUGUCAAAAAACUGGACAAAAGAGUUUGUGAUCAACAAAAGGAUGAUGAGUUUCUUGACCUAGUAAACAAUAUUGACAGAAUUCGUCAUGCUAAUGUUGUUGAGCUGAUGGGCUAUUGUGCAGAGCAUGGUCAAAGGCUUCUGGUCUAUGAGUAUUGCUGUAACGGGACACUACAAGAUGCACUGCAUUUCGACGAUGAAUUCAAGAGACAACUUUCAUGGAAUACUCGCAUGAGGAUGGCUCUUGGAGCUGCAAGAGCUUUAGAGUAUCUCCAUGAAGUCUGCGAGCCACCUAUUAUUCAUAGAAACUUCAAGUCUGCCAAUCUUCUGCUUGAUGAGGAGUUGGCCGUACAUGUUUCAGAUUGUGGUUUGGCUCCACUUAUAUCAUCUGGUGCUGUGAGUCAGUUGUCGGGACAACUUCUCACAACAUAUGGCUACGGUGCUCCCGAAUUUGAGUCAGGGAUUUACACUUCCCAAAGUGAUGUUUACAGUUUUGGUGUGGUGAUGCUGGAACUAAUAACAGGCAGAAUGUCAUAUGACCGGACACGGAGUCGAGGAGAGCAGUUCUUGGUCAGGUGGGCAAUCCCUCAGCUACAUGAUAUUGAUCUCUUGACAAGGAUGGUUGAUCCUGCUCUCGAUGGAAAAUACCCCAUUAAAUCACUAUCACACUUUGCUGACAUAAUUUCCCGCUGUGUUCAGCAUGAGCGAGAAUUCAGGCCACCAAUGUCUGAAGUUGUUCAGGACCUCAUACAAAUGAUAAGAAGAGAAUCUCACAAAAGAUCUGAUGGUGAAUGAUUUGAGUUAGACGCGCAUACUGGGAAUUCAGCCGGUGAGAAACUAAGAUUAUUUCUUCUUCGAAGGAGCUGAGAUACUCGGAAAAAGAAAGGCGGUUUGCAGGCCAAGCACCGUGCUAAAGACAACUUCAAACUGAAGCAAAAUGCACCUCAAAGAAGUGCGAUUCAUGAAAAUACCAACACAUGCAGGCGACUUAAUGACCUGUAAAAACAGCUUGCUCAUCUGAUUCUUGUCAAGCUGCAUCAUUUUAAUGUUCAUUUAGGCUUACAUGUGAGCACCAAUGCAUAUAAUUCAUUGAUCUUGACAAAAUGGUAUAUUUUCUUGAAGUUGUAUAUCUUUACUUGCUGCAACAUGUACAAACUUCAUUUGGUUCUACAAUGAUACCUUCAUUCUUUCUCAUGUACUUGUUGCACAUGCCAAAGUUAUUUACUACUAGUCAUUACCUAAGGAGUUGGAGACCUAC